CCGCUCGUCAGCACUUUCUCACCCUUUCACCUCUCUCUGUCUUUCUUUUUAUUCUUUGUGCGGAACAUUGCGUAAUAUCACCACUCUCUUGCCAGCUGUUGUUUGCGCCGACUACAAGAACAUUUGUAGUAUAUGCGAUGCACUACUCGUCGAACCCGAGCCCACUAUGACCUCACGACAACCGAUACGUCCUCCCACGUUCAAACAACCCGGCGGAUAGCGAUAUACUGUUUGCGCUCAGCGACUUGAAGUGCCCUUUUGCAAGCCGACGAUGACAUUGCCGUUCAACCAGGAAUCAUGGAUCUGGUACACAUGCGCGGUUUGCAUGAUCGGAGCGAGGCUUAUCUCUCGAAAAAUCCUAUUUCGAUCCAUCAAAGGGCUCCAAUUCGAUGAUUGCAUCAUGGGCCUCUUUGUCACGGCCGCCUACACUGUCUUGCUCGUGUUUUCCAACAGAUGGUUAAAAGUCGACUCGAACCUGGAACCCCCAGGAUUUGACUUUGGCGCCCUCAGCCCUGAGGAAUUAUCGAGACGGGUGUAUGGAAGUAAGUUGGUAGUUGUGGUAGAGCAGAUGCAGAUUGCAGUGCUCUGGUCAUGCAAGGCCUGUCUUUUGAUCAUGUACCACCGCAUAACACGGACGGCGCUCCACUAUGAGAACAUUGCGAUCAAGGUUCUGGCCGUAUAUACCGCGAUUGGGUUUGUCAUCAUAGAGGCUCUCUACUUUUCAGCCUGGUGUCGUCCGUUUUCCGCAUACUACGCGGUACCAACCAGCUCGCUGCAGUGCACGACGCUAGUUAACCACCGCAUCACGAAAGCGGUCUUCAGUAUAUCUUCGGACUUGAGCAUGCUUUUCAUAUCGCUGCCGAUGCUUGUGCGAUCGCUACUACCGAUGAAGAGGAAGAUUAUCCUAUGCGCCAUCUUUUCUCUGGGACUCUUUGUUGUGAUUGCCAGUAUCGCAAACGCUUACUCUUCCUUUACCCAUCCGUACAAGGCGACGUGGAUCUCAUGGUAUGUUCGGGAGUCGUCGACAGCGAUCCUGGUGGCCAACUUACCUUUUACAUGGAAUGUCUUGAGAGAAAUCUUCGAGGUCGGGCAGUUUGACGCGUCUCCUCCUCCGGCGUGGACUUAUCAUUCGGCUCGCACAGCAAGAGGCCGCACAACAACACAGCUACUGAACCAACAGAUGGGCACGACCAAUCGCACUUACGCCACCAGCACCAACCCAAGCCGAACGCGACGAAGCACGAGUCUGGUGAUGUCGACCGAGGUCGUUCCACCCAAGAACAGCCACCAAUCUGAAGACGCCAGAACAGAUUUGAUGGAAGAAGCAAUCAGGCUUCAGGACUUUGCGCCAGUAGUUUUGCGCAGUACUAAUGACGGCGUCAGGAUUUUUGACCUGGAAUCGGGUCUAGUUGAUAAACUGGACGCACGAACAGUUUUGUAUAAUCACACUCAACAACGCAACAACUUCAUGACUGUUCCGCAGACCAUUAUACAAGAUGGAAACGGUGGCUUCUACAUUGAUGGCCGUCCCAUGUCCUCGCCGUCCAUGGCGCAUAUUACUGUUUCCUCGAAGCGGACAAGCGCGAAUAGUGUGACGAGCUUGUUCCGGAGGCCAACCAGUCCGGUGCCGAGUCACUCGACCACGAAGACGGAUGCCGAGGGUGAGCGCAAUUAUAGCCCGGGAAAUGACGGCGGGGAAGUGAUGGCGGACAAAGGGAGGGAUGCGAUGGAUGCAAAGCCAAGAUGGCGGAUGAUGGAAUAAAUGCGGGGGAUACUUCCCGGGCGUGACGAAUGUGAUGCUAAUGUCAAAGAUACCCCUUUUCUUUUGUGGAUAUUCUUUUUGAGAUAGUAGUAGUUAUUAGUAGUAGUAAUGGUAGAAAUGGGACGGUA